CCGCCGCCAAUAUUCUCAAACACAAUUAAUCAUCAAAAUUAAUAUAAUGCCUGCCCAAUUCACUCCCGAGAUUACCUUUCCCGGCAUCCAACUCCUCCAUAAGGAAACCACUUCUUCUACCAUCUCCAUCAAAAGAUUGGAUGGAAAAGUUGCAAUUGUUACCGGCGGCGCUAGAGGCAUUGGAGAGGCGACCGUAAGACUCUUCGCCAUCCAUGGUGCCAAGGUCAUUAUCGCCGACGUCGACGACGCACUCGGAAUUUCACUCGCAAAUUCGUUAUCCCCUCACGUCGCCUACGUCCACUGCGACGUCACCUCCGAGGAAGACAUCCAAACCCUAAUCAACUCUACGCUUUCCAAUUACGGGAAGCUCGACAUCCUCUUCAACAACGCCGGCGUCCUCGGCAACCAGUCCAAGCACAAGAGCAUCCUCGAUUUCGACGCCGACGAGUUUGACCAGGUCAUGAGAGUCAACGUCAGAGGCACCGCUCUGGGGAUGAAGCACGCAGCCCGGGCCAUGAUCGGUGCCCGCACUGCUGGCUGUAUAAUCUCCACGGCUAGUGUGGCGGGUGUGAUGGGCGGGCUUGGGCCGCAUUCGUACACGGCAUCGAAGCACGCCAUAGUGGGGCUGACGAAGAAUGCGGCUUGUGAACUGGGGCGUUACGGGAUUCGGGUGAACUGCAUUUCGCCGUUUGGGGUGGCGACGAGGAUGCUGGUGAACGCGUGGCGGGUAGAUGGGGAGGGGGAGGGGGAGGGUGUUAGUGAGGAGGAGGUGGAGAAAAUGGAGGAGUUUGUGAGGGGUAUGGGGAAUUUGAACGGGGAGGCUCUGAGGGCAAAGGAUAUAGCGGAGGCAGCGCUUUUUCUAGCGAGUGACGAGUCCAGGUAUAUUAGUGGUCAUAAUCUUGUGGUGGAUGGUGGAGUUACUACCUCAAAGAAUUGUGUUGGCUUGUAGCUGUAGCAUGUAGGAGCAGCAGCAGCUUAUCGCUUUUUUUUUAAAUUCGUUUAUUUUUCUGAAUUGAAUUAAUUAUUAGCUAGCUGCAGAAAUUGAAUAUCAUCAGCAUCAGUAGUUUGUAUGAAAUGAAAUUUCUGUAUAAUUAAUUAUGUGGAUCGAGUUGUGAUUCAUCUGAAUUUGGCGGAACGUACG